CAGUAACAUGGCGGCGGCGGCGGCGGCGGUAGCAGCGGCUGAGAACCGCGAUAACCUGUUGGGAAUCUCCUGGGUCGACAGCGCCUGGAUUCCUAUCCUAAACCCUGUGAAUGUGCUGGAUUAUUUCUCUGAACGAAGCAAUCCUUUCUACGAUCGCACCUGCAACAAUGAGGUGGUGAAAAUGCAGCGGCUGAGUCUGGACCAUUUGCACAAUAUGACCGGCUUAGAAUACAUACUACUGCAUGCUCAGGAGCCCAUACUUUAUAUCAUUCGAAAACAGCACCGGUACUCGGCCAUACAAGUUACUCCACUUGCUGAUUACUACAUCAUUGCUGGAGUGGUUUAUCAGGCUCCUGACCUGGGUUCAGUGAUAAACUCCAGAAUGCUUACAGCAGUGCAUGCGAUUCAGUCUGCGUUUGAUGAAUCAAUGUCUUACUGCCGGUACCACCCUUCCAAAGGCUACUGGUGGCACUUCAAAGAUCAAGAGGAAAGAGAUAAAGUAAAACCAAAAUCAAAGAAGAAAGAGGAACCAAGUUCUUUAUUCCAGCGACAGAGAGUAGACAUGUUGCUGUUGGAUCUGCGGCAAAAAUUCCAACCCAAGUUCAUUCAGCCCAAACGUGGCGAGAAGCCUGUACCAGUGGAACAGAUAAAGAAGGAACCAGAACCAAUAGCUGAAACUGUUAAACAGGAAGAAAAAGACACAACAAAGAGCUCGCAGCAGAGUUCAACCGUCAAGGCUCCUCCUGAGAAGCGAAUGAGGCUCCAAUGAAGAGUGAGUGGAUGUGUGGGUCACUUGACUCUCACCAGCUCUCUCUGAGGCCCAGUUAUCUUGGACCGUGUGGUUUGGUUUGCUUACGGGGUGGAGUGUUAGCGUAUGGCGAUUCUACACCACAUAGGCACGAAUUGAGAAAUGUCUCGUCAGAGGAGUUUAAACCGGUUCAGUUCUACACUUUCCUCUUCGAGUUUUAACGUGGGUCCGGUUUCGGCCAUUCAGCAGUGACAUCACGCAGUGUUUCCCAUCUUUUGCUUUCAAGACAAAUCGGUGGUGAAUGUGGAAUUAUUGGCGCAGAGUUCACCUCUGUCCAUAUAAUGUAAACUUCUGACCUUGCCCCUCGCUCUGCUUUGGUGUCUUCUAUCUUGCAGCGAUCAAAAUGGGAGAGGGCAUCAUUUCUGACUGACAGGCACUGUGAAAAGAUGCUGUGAGAGAGUGGAGAAUAAUGAAACAUUGUCUGUCUACCCCCAACCCCUCCCAUGUCAGUGACCUUGCUUCAGCUAUUGUGCCCUUGUGAAGUUGCUGGGUCGGCUUCAACUGCAUUAACUUUGAAUAACUUUGAGAAGUCAUUUGAAUGGUAUUUUAUACAUAGGACUGCUGUUUGUCAAUGUACGCUGGUUAUUAACAGUAAAAGAUAUUGAUGCGCA